GGAGCGCACCACGACACAUGGAGGGGAGCCCUGAGCAAGCAGCAGCAGCAGCCUAUAAUACCUCAUCGAUCGGAGCGAUCAGAUCGGACAGAAGUCAGGAUUACUCUAUGGAGUGGCGGGGAGGCGAUUUGACGCCGGACGGGGGGCAGCAGUGAAGCUGGAGGCAGCAGAUCCGGGCAGCGCUCCUGGCACAGGGGGGGUGUGUCUGCCAGGGUCUUGUGGAGAACUUGUGCCCCUCAUCGGUUACUACACAGUCCAUGUAAACAGGAGGGGACAUGCUGGACGCCUGAGCCGCUUCUCCGUGCCCGCUCAUCGCCCCAUGCCAAUGGCUUCAUUCCCGGAGUCCGACUUCCAGCUGUGCCCGCUGUGUAAGGAGAUGUGUGUGUCGUCUGCGCCCGUCUCCUUGUCCAGCUCGUCCUCCUCACAAGCGUCCAGCAGCAGCAGCAGCAGUGGCAGCCUGGGCACCGCUCCCCGCAGGCUGCACGUCUUGCCCUGUCUCCAUGCGUUCUGCAGGCAGUGCCUAGAGGGGCACCGGAGCCCCGGGGACUCUCUGCAGCUGCACUGCCCCGUGUGCGACCACAAAGUGCUGAUGUCCGAGGCCGGCAUGGACGCUCUGCCCUCCUCCACCUUCCUGCACCUCAGCAACCUGCUGGACGCGGUGGUGGGAGCCGCCGAGGAGCCGCAGAGCAACGGAAGCCGUGGAGGCUGCGGCGGAGCCCGGAGACAUCAGCCGCGUCCGCGCUCCGCGUCCUGUUCCUCCUCCAGCCUCCUGCGCCGGGCGCCCCCCAGACAGCCGGAGCCCCGCUGCUCGUCCUGCGACGAGGGCAACGGUGCCAGCUCUCACUGCCUGGACUGCCAGGAGAACCUGUGCGACAACUGCCUGCGGGCACACCAGAGGGUGCGCCUCACCAAGGACCACUUCAUCGAGAGGUUCGCAGGGAGCCGGGCGCCUGGCUGCAUCAGCGGCACUGCCUCCCCCUGCAACUCUGCUGCAUCCAGCGCUGCCACUACCUCAUCCUCGUCUACCUCUUCACCCUUCCAGGGCAGUGCCUUCUCCAUUCUGCCCGUCUACCCAGAGAGGCUAGCCUACUGCCAGCAGCAUGAUGAGGAGGUCUUGCAUUUCUACUGUGAUACUUGCUCUACGCCGAUCUGUCGUGAGUGCACUAUGGGACGUCACGCUGGGCACGGCUUUGUCUAUCUUCAAGAUGCUCUUCAGGACUCAAGGGCGCUUACUAUCCAGCUGUUGGCUGAUGCUAAACAAGGUCGCCAAGCUAUUCAGCUCACUCUUGAGCAGGCCCAAGCACUGGCAGAGCAAGUUGAGAUGAAAGCCAAAGUAGCGCAAUCAGAGAUCAAAGCAGUCACUUCCCGACACAAGAAGGCACUGGAGGAGAGGGAAUGUGAGCUCCUGUGGAAGGUUGAAAAAAUUCGUCAGGUGAAAGCCAAGUCUCUCUACCAUCAGGUUGACAAACUCCACCAGGCUCUUAAUAAAUUGGACAGCACAAUCAAUGCAGUUCAGCAGGUUUUAGAAGAAGGUUGUACAAUGGAUAUUCUCAUAGCUCGGGACCGUGUCUUAGCCCAGGUGCAAGAUAUAAAAAAUGCUAGAGGCUUGUUACAGCUUCAAGAGGAUGACCGAAUUAUGUUUACUCCCCCUGAUCAGGCCCUUUAUCUUGCCAUUACAUCUAUGGGUCUAGUAAGUAGUGGAGCAUUUGCAGCUCUAACAAAAGCCACAGGAGAAGGAUUGAAACGGGCCCUUCAAGGCAAAGUAGCUUCUUUCACAGUAAUUGGUUAUGACCAUGAUGGCGAAGCACGUUUGUCAGGAGGUGAUCUCAUAACUGUUCUAGUGAUGGGUCCUGAUGGAAAUCUGUUUGCGGCUGAGGUCACUGAUCAGAUGAAUGGGACCUAUUUGGUUAGUUAUAGACCUCAGCUUGAAGGAGAACACCUUAUUUCAGUGAUGGUGUGUAAUCAACAUAUUGAGAACAGUCCUUUUAAAGUGAAUGUGAAAUCUGGUCGAUGCUAUUUAGGUAUUGGUCUCCCUUCACUUUCUUUUGGAGGAGAAGGGGACACUGAUGGAAAGCUUUGUCGUCCAUGGGGUGUCUGUGUGGACCGAGAAGGAUAUAUUAUUGUGGCUGAUAGAAGCAAUAACCGAAUUCAAAUUUUCAAACCAUGUGGCACAUUUCAUCACAAGUUUGGCAGCUUAGGUUCGAGACCUGGCCAGUUUGAUCGCCCUGCUGGUGUCGCUUGUGACAGUUCCCGUAGGAUUGUAGUAGCCGAUAAGGACAACCAUCGUGUUCAAGUCUUCACCUUUGAGGGACAAUUCUUUUUGAAAUUUGGGGAGAAGGGGACCAAGAAUGGGCAAUUUAACUAUCCUUGGGAUGUUGCCAUUAAUUCAGAAGGGAAGAUUCUAGUGUCUGAUACUCGAAACCAUCGUGUUCAGUUAUUUGGUCCAGAUGGAACAUUCCUAAAUAAGUAUGGUUUUGAAGGUGCUCUCUGGAAGCACUUUGACUCCCCACGUGGAGUGGCAUUCAGUCAAGAUGGCUAUCUUGUGGUGACUGACUUCAACAACCACCGACUGCUGAUAAUCAAGCCGGACUGCCAGUCAGCACAUUUCUUGGGCACAGAGGGUACAGGAAAUGGGCAGUUCCUGCGACCACAGGGUGUAGCAGUUGAUCAAGAAGGACGCAUUAUUGUGGCAGACUCCAGAAACCACAGAGUACAAAUUUUUGAGCCAAAUGGCAGCUUCUUGUGUAAGUUUGGCACUCAAGGAAGUGGCUUUGGUCAGAUAGAUCGUCCAUCUGGCAUAGCUGUCACUCCUGAUGGCACAAUUGUUGUGGUGGACUUUGGUAACAACCGAAUUCUAGCCUUCUAA